UUUUGCAAUUGUGCAUCUUACUGUCUUAAGAGAAUCUAUAAAAUUAAAAAUGGUAAUGUUAUAAUUCUUAUUCCAGAAUAUUUUGUAUUUAAAAAAAAAUGUUUCUUUUAAAAAAAGAACAUUAAGCCAAAUUUCGGGACUGAUGAAUUAAAAAAAAUGAUUUCUCAAUAUCAAAGUUAUUUUACGGAUUCUUUCGAUCAAUUCUUUAUGUGGAGAAUGAAUCAAAUAACAACAAAAACUUUGAUAUCUAAUGAUUCAAACUCAAAAUCACUCUUUUCGUUUCGAGCUAAUGGCGAACUUAAAGAUAAUAUUAGUAAUAAAACGGUGAAUUACAUUGCAAAAUCUUCUAGUGAACAAAUUUUUACGAGAGUCUUUGACCUUAUCAAAUUAAGAAUGCUAAAUGAGGCCAAAGCAGAACUUAUGAAAAUGUUUUUACCCAUUUUUUCAUUAGAUAAAUUCAUUCCCAAUAAUAAAUCAUCAUGUGAACCUUUUAAUAUUAGAGGCUUUUGGAUCGGACCAUAUGGAGUUGACACUUUUCCCGACGGUCAACACAACUUUGAUGAUAAUAGUAAAUUAUUGUAUAAUAUAUCUGAAGAUGAUCCUGGUGUUAUCACAAAAAUUAAAUUAAGGAAUGGUUCAAUAAUUGAUAGUAUGCAAAUUUUUUACGAAGAUGGUAGAAUCGGAAGAAUUGGAGAUGGAAAAGGCGGAAGAGAAUGUGCCAUUUCAGAUCUGGAUGAAUUUUCAAAAUACAUUAUAGCUGUAAAUUUAAAGUUUGGCAGAGGGCUACUUUGUGGUAUAGAAUUUAUUUUUAGUGAUGGUAAAACUACGGGAACCCUGGGUGAUCAUCCUAAUGCUUGCAAAAUAAUUGAAGAGAUUCGAAUUGGUCCAUUUGGAAAUCAUAAUGAAUUUAGGUUAUCAGGAAUUAUUGGAGGUGGGGGAAAGAUAAUUGGUAACGAUCAUGGUGAAAAUGUUGCUCAUAUAGCAUUUUAUUUUCAAUAUGUACAAGAUAUAUAACGAUUAUAACGAUUAAUCAUUUUUUAUAAGUCGUAUUAGAUCUAUAUAAAAUAACUUAGUAACGAUCAUGGUGAAAAUGUUGCUCAUAUAGCGUUUCACUUUCAAUAUGUACAAAAUAUAUAACGAUUAUAACGAUUAAUAAUUUUUAUAAUGAAAUCGUAUUAAAUCUACUUUUCAUUUGUAAUAAUGGAUAAUUUAUUUUUUUUACGCACGUUUAUAUUAAUUCUGUAAAUCAAGUGACAAGAGAAGCAUGUAACAAGUAUUUAAUAUAUAUACUCUCACUAUAUGUGAGUUUGUAUUAUAUAUAAUAACAUAUAAUAACCAUUAAUUAAAUAAUCUGAUAUAAUUAAUUUAAAAAAAAAAACUUCCCUAUCG